ACGUCAUAUAUUCUAGGAUAUCCCUUUUGGAUGAUCCAGUAUACUCUAACCUGAUCAAGUUUUUGGUGCUGGUGGUGACAGAUGGCGUCAAAGUGUUUUAUACAAACGUCACGUUACUAAAAUGUUGGAGAUCCGUGGAUGUACGUUGAUGCAACUUAAAAGAUACAACUGUGGUUAAAGUGUCCGGUGAAAUCUGACAUUUCUACUAAUUGCUGUGACACACUGUUGUGUAUGCAUGUUCAAACCGUAACAAUGUUGAAUUCAAAGAAGAUAUCUGAGAAAGGUUCUUUAAAGUACAAGAGCAUUAAUGAACUUCUGGAAAAGGCGAAGGUCAAUUACAGAGACAUUAAGCCAGCCCAAAUCUUAAAGAGAUUACCUGAGAUGUACAACAUAGCUGAGGAUUAUAGAAAAAAAGGAAAUGAAGAGGAUCAGUACAUUAUGUUGAGAAGAUGGCUAAACGCUAUUGAAUGGUUGAAAACUACACAUGAAUACAAAGAUGACAAGAUAUAUUCCUCGACACAUUUACACGUCAAUCAGAUCAAUGAAGUAAAAAAAAUACUUGCAGACUUGAAUAGAAGAUUAGACACGAGAUACAAGCAACAAGCAGAAGUAAAAUUGUUAGACAAGAGUAAUACCUUGGAGAAAAUGGAUAUUGAUAACAAUGUAGGAAUAGAUACUUAUAUGUCUCCAAUUGAUGGUCCCAUACAGUUGCCUGAAACACCAACUAGAGACCCAUUGGCUGGUGAUAAUGAAGAAAUUAUCAACUGUGACCAUCUGUUUCAAUUGGUUCAAGAUAUAUGUGGCAGAUAUUUGAUUAUUGACAUUAGAUCUAAAGCACUGUUUGAAAAUUCCAGAAUAUUAUGUGAUAAAUGUAUUAACAUUCCAAGCAGUGAAAUAAAACCUGGUUUAUCAGCAUCACACCUGGAAAAGUAUCUUAAAAAUGAUGAAAAAGGUUUAUACUUGUUCAGGCAAAGAUCAGCUCAGUAUGUAGAUGUUACAAUAUUAUUUGAUUGGAAUACAUCAAGUAAAACUCUGGCACUCAACAAUCCAUUAAAUACAUUGAGAAAAAUUUUGGAAAAUUGGGACCCUGGUAUAAAGCAUAAUAGAAUCACUAUCUUAGACGGUGGUUACGCGGAAUGGAUAACUCGUUAUCCAGCAUUUACAACAAAUCCUAAUAUCACCGAGCCUACGUUAAAUAAUACUUCAAACGAAAUACUAGACAAUAUUGAAUACCCUGAAUGGAUACAUUUAGAUGGCGAAGAUAGUAUUAAUAAAGUGCGUGACAAAAAACCUGUUAACAUAAAGCCUGUAAAUAAGGAGGAAAACGUAUCGAAAACGAAUAUUUCAACUGAUAAAAUACUUUAUAAGCAAAUAGAAUCUGAAAUAAGUAGUAACAUCCCUCUGAAAUCCAAAGAUUUUAUGAACGCUUCUAUAGAAUUAGAUAAAGUUUCUGUGAAUAACAUCAUUUUAAAGCAAUAUAAUAACACUUCAUCGAAACUUCAACAGAAAAGAACAUUUAAUACUGUAAAGGAAAAUGAUAUCCCUAUGAAACCAACUGUCGAUCGCAGUAACAAACCGGUUUUGUUAGAGCCACCCGUAUCCGAGGCUGAGACUGUAUUGAAAUUGCUUAAGCAAUUAAAUGAACUUGCAAAGGGCAAAUUGAAUUUGGAACAAGAAAUUUUAGAGCAAGAGCAUGCUUUAUACAUGCAGUACAGCAUCGAGUAUAAAGGUUCGAAUGAAGAAGAAUUAAUUCGUAAUAACUUGAAAAUUUUAUUUAUGAAAUUAGAAGAAAAGAAAAAGGAAUACAAAAAAGUUAAAGAUGAAUUUGAUAAAUAUUAUUCAAAAAUGGAAUCGAUCAAGUUCAGUUCUGCUGAGGAGAAUGAAAAAGGCAACUUGGAUCUUAUCCUUGGUUCUUUAAAGUUGGGCAUGAAAAAUAUAGCUGGAGAAAGGAAUAAGUUAAGAGAGAAAUCUAUGAAGAAUGAUCAGAAAGAAACAUCAACAACGGAAAACGACAAUAAUAUUCAUAAGGAAUCUUUGAAACCGGAUAAUACCACGUCUCUGGGUAAGAAUUUGGAGCGCUCAUAUUCCAGUCCAAAUUUGUUACAGUUGAUAGAUCGUAAAGCACCGCGAGUGGACAGAACAUCAAAGCCGCAAAUUCCUCUGUACAAUCAAAAUGGAACUUUCAACAAUGACAAUAAAGUAUCCCACAUCAGUUGGGCAAAUCGUGAAGAAAGACUGACUCCUGUUCAUGGAAGUGUACAUCCAGGUAUUACGGGGUUAAAGAACUUGGGAAACUCGUGUUACAUGAACAGUAUUAUACAAUGUUUGAGUAAUACUACACAUUUAGCUAAAUAUUUCACCGAUAAUCUAUAUACUGACGAUCUCAAUACAAGCAAUGAUAAUAGCACGCAGGGGCAAGUCGUGGAAGAGGUGGCUCAAGUAAUUAAAGCUCUCUGGAGAGGACAGUAUAAGAGCAUAUCUCCUCACGACCUGAAGAUUGCUGUUGGACAGUACAAAUUGCAAUUCGAAAGUUACGAACAGCAGGAUUCUCACGAAUUCCUGACCUUUUUAUUAGACUGGAUGCAUAACGACUUAAAGAAGAAGUGUAAGGUUCCCCUAGAAAUGACUGUUGCGGAAGAAGCUUGGAAUAAAGCAAUGGGAUCUAUGAAAUCUAUAAUAUCUGACUUGUUCUUUGGUCAAUUAAGAUCCACUAUAACUUGCAGUUUUUGCAAACAAAGUAGUACAACGUAUGAAAGUUUUAAUAGUUUAACAACAUCAUUACCUCAUUCCAAUCGAUGUACAUUGAAUGAUUGUAUAUUGAAGUUCGUAACUGGUCAGAAAGUAGUUGGUUGGAAAUGCCCAAAGUGUCAGACGCCUAGGGAGGCUACAAAGAAAUUCGAUUUUGUGAAACUCGCGCCUAUUGUAGUAAUACAUUUAAAUCGUUUCGCUGAAAGUGGAGGCUGGUUCGAGAAGAGAAAUACUGCUGUCGAUUUCCCCCUCACAGGCUUUAAUUUAAAACCAUAUUUAGUUACAGACAGCAACACAGCUACUAUUUCGAAUAUUCGUAGCUAUAAUUAUAGCUUGUAUGCAAUGUCUAAUCACUAUGGAACCAUGGAAGGUGGUCAUUACACAGCAUUUUGUAAAAAUGCCGCUCAGAAUAAGUGGUACAAGUAUGAUGAUCAAACAGUAACAGAAGUUACAAUGAAUCAAGUAAGAUCUCAAAACACCAGUGCCUACCUGUUAUUUUACACAUCAUUUUCGAGCAAUAUUAUUUAGUAUCAGCAUAAGAAACCACAUGGUAUGGUUAUUCGAAUUUAUUACUUAAAUAGUUAUUAAUGUUACGUGAUGAUGUAGAUAUUAAAUAUUUUUUGUAUGUAUGUGUAUUAAAUACUUUAUGCAGUGUAUGCAUAAGACAAUGACGGCAUUACAAGCUUGAUUGGUGCUGGGAUAUGCGUGUAAAUAAAUAACGGUAGGCAGAAAUAUUAUUCCGAUACUUGAAAUUUAUAUUAAAUAGACGACUGGCUAAUUUAAAAGUCAUUCAAGAAAAUAUUUAAAACUUACGUUACUCAGUGCGACAUUGCAAUGUAUUUCAGCAAAAUUGUUUUGUUUUGUGAUUUAAUUACUUUUCAUGUUAUGAAGAGAAAGUCUAAACAAAAUAUUCUAUGCUUUACACAAAAAAAUCUCUAUACACUUUAUUAUUUGUGGUUUCUAUGAAUAUUUUGCACGUUUAUAUAAAAAUCAAUCAAACAUAACGUAUAAAGAAAUCAGAUAUUUAUAUCUGGAAAUAUUAGUUUUUGCAAUAUUUCGUUUUAUAAAGUAAUUUUUUAUGCAUCUGUGAAAAGUAAUUAAAUAUUUUGAAGUAUACACAAAACGUGUUCAUAUACUGUUAAUACAUAAAAAAUUAUUGUUAACAAAUAAUUUAACAUUCAUUGGACACAAUGUUUCUAAAGUGCCAUCACUAGUGUGCUUAUU